AUGAUCUCAGCCGUCUCGCAGCAGUCACUUCUGCUCUUUUUGCCGCCGCUGGUGAUCCUAGCGGCAUGUCUGCUGAAACUGGCCUCGUUGACGUCUCGAUGGAAGGGUGCGCCGCCUGGUCCGCCGACGAGACUGUUUAUUGGAAAUCUGCACCAAAUCCCCAAAAGAGACCUACAUUUGCAGUAUCAGCGAUGGGGUCAAGAGUACGGGCCGAUUUUCUCACUGAAGCUGGGCUCCCAGAACGUUGUCGUUCUGACCAGUGGUGAACUCAUCAAGAGGGUCGUCGACAAACGGAGUGGCAACUACUCGGAUCGGCCCAAGCUCUACAUGCAAGAUAUCUGGGAAGGCUCCAGGAUCAUCAUGCGAGGCUACGAUUCUUUGUGGAAAGUCGAGCGUAAGCUCUACCAUCAAUUUCUGAACAUCAACAAGGCGGCGCGUUAUGUGCCGUAUCAGGAUCUGGAGACCAAACAGAUGCUGGUAGACCUCUUGUCAGACCCUGACGACUUUGAGAAUCUCAUCACGCGGACAACGUUGAGCAUGGCGACGAGCAUGGCAUACGGGUUCCGCGUCCUCGAUCCCAAGAGCGAGGUCAUGCAGGAGCUGUUCACCAACACCCACGGCUUCUUCGUCAUGGUGAACCAAAGUAAGCUCUUGGACUGGUAUCCGCAGCUGAGGCCCUUGGUCAGCGCCAUGCCGUCGUGGUUGUACCCGAUGGCGAGAAAGGCCAAGCACGUCUUUUAUCGAGAAAGGGCCCAAUUCCGCCAGUUGUAUGAGGCGGCAAAGCGCGCCGCCGAGGGCGACAACUCCCUUCCCAGCUUUUCGACCGACAUCAGCAAGGCGAAAGAGUCCUGGAAAGGCACCGAGAACGGAGCUCUUCUCACGGACCAUGCGGCCUCUUACAUUGCAGGGAUUGCAAUGGAAGGAGCAGCAGACACGACAAGUAACACUCUCGCCGGCAUGAUCAAGGAAACUGCUCAGAAGGAGUUGGAUACCGUCGUUGGCCCGGACAGGCUGCCAACCAUGGACGAUUUCGAAUCGCUUCCUUAUAUUCGCCAAGUCACCAAAGAAGCAUUGAGAUGGCUUCCUACUGCCAUCAGUGGCGCGAUUCCGCACGCCGCCCUCACAGACGAUGAAGUGGACGGAUAUAAAAUCCCAGCCGGCUGCACCAUUGUGUUGGCAGUGUGGUCUGCCAACAACGACCCUGACCUUUUCCCAAAUCCUCGAGAGUUUGACCCCACCCGACACAACGCCGACCUCACUUUCCACGAGGCCUCGUCCGCAUCCGACUAUAGAGACCGGGACAACUGGACCUUUGGCGCCGGGAGACGAAUCUGUCCCGGGAUCCAUGUUGCAGAGAAGACGCUGUUCCUGGCCACCGCUCGCUUACUGUGGACAUUCAACAUCUCCAAGGCCAGGGAUGAUCAGGGCCGAGAAAUCCAAGUCGACCGAGACGAGGUGACCCAGUCCAUCGCCGCUCGUCCAUUGCCGUUCCCGUGA